CUGAUGUCACACUGUGUUCAUGUGUGUCAGUAUUAGAGAGCAGAGAGCAGCUACUGACCUGCAGCACACAGAGCAUCUCACACAGCAAGAUUCAGCCGAACCCCCUUAUUUUACAGAGACUAAAACAGCAUGAAAAAAGCAAAAGUAUCCUAAAGCUCCUCUUUUCCUGUGGAAGCUGGAAAGACGAGUGUCAGGGUGAGGAGGAGAAAGAGAAAGAGCUGAAGAGAAAGGGAACAAAAGAGAGACAGAUGAAGCUGGAGGAGAAGAAAAAGCAGAAGGAGAGAAAAAGAGAGAAGGAGAAGGAGGAAACUGGAAGACUGACCUGGUGUAUUCGAUGGAGAUCGAGCCGGGUUAAGAAGAAGGAACUAAAGAAACUCAAAGAGCUGGAGAAACAAUCACAGCUGAAAGAAGAGAGGGAGAGAGAAACAGAAAAAGAGCAAAUUCAACAGAAUAAAGAGAAGGAAAAAGAAAUAGAGGAGAAAGAAAGAGAGAUAGAGGAGAAAAAAAGAGCGAUAGAGGAGAAAGAAAGAGAGAUAGAGGAGAAAAUAAGAGAGUUAAAGGAGGAGAAAGUGAGAGUAAUGAGGAAGAUGAGAAAGAGAAAGAUGGAGAAGAGAAGAGAAAUGAGAAAAAUGAAGGAGAAAAUAAAAGAGAUGGAGGAGGAGAUAGUGAGAGAGACGGAGGAGGAGAAGAAAAUACGAGAGUUAAAGGAGGAGAAAUUGAGCCAGAUGAAGAUAAAGAAAUGGAAAGAAACGAUAAAAAAGAAGAAAGGGGGAGAGCUGGAGAGGUGGCUAAUGAGGAAAAGUGUGACGACAAAAGAGAGAGAGAUGGAUGAGAAUAACAUGACAGAGAUGGAGGAGAAGGAAGUAAGAGCGAUACAGAGGAAAAAAAGAAUGUUAAAGGAGGAGAAAGGGAAAGAGAUGAAGAAGAAGACGAGGAAAGAAAUGGAGGAGGAGGAGAAAGUGAGAGAGCUGGACAAUAAGAUAAUGAGAAAGAUGGAGAGGAAGAGAGAGCUGGAGGAGAAGAUAAUGAGAAGGAUGGAGAAAGUGAGAGAGCUGGAGAAGAAUGUGAGCGAGCUGGAGAAAAGGAUAAUGAGAGAGCUGGAGAAAGGGAGAGAGCUGGAGGAGAAAGAAAGACAGAUGAACAUGGUGAUGACCAGGCAGAGCAAAAACACACAAAACCACGUCGGCAGCAGCGAACAGGAUCAGGUGAAGAUUCAGAAACCAGAACCUGUGAUCAUCGACAUGCGCCCACUCGUACCGAGCCCAGACCCUGAAGAAGACGAGUCCGGUCGGUGCUCCAGCUCCUCGGCUGCCCUCAGCACGACCCCAACUCCAGAGAGAAGUGUGAAAGACGAGACUAAAAGUGACGAGGAAGAACAGAUCGCUGAGGAGAAGAGCCAGAGCAGAGGAAAAGAGGACACGCCCAAAUCCAAGAGCACGAUGAGACGCAUAGUGGGCUGGAUUACUAAUAAAAUGAGGAGGCACUACCAGAAACAGAUCAGUGAGAGUAUGGAGAGAGAGUUGAUCCUUAAACACGCCUGCAUUGCCUUGUUUAGUGAUGAAUUGCAAGGAUAUGAAGUGAUAGAAGAGGUCGACUGUGAAAGAAAGAAGCAAGAGCGCCUUAAAAAGAAAAUAGAAAAAUGGCAGGGACUGAAAAACGAUUUUAGUAUCCGGGAGCAGGAGCGUGAAGAAAAAAGAGCAAAGAAAGCAAAGGAUAAGAAGAAGAAGGAGGAGAAGGACCAAGAAAUUCUGCAACCUGAUCCUGAUUUCUCACCAAGGGAACCUGUGGUCAUCACCAAACAGCCACUUGUACCGAGUCCAGAACCCAAAGAGGAAGACGAGUCACAUCAGCAAACUGAUUUAUCAAAAACUAAAGUCAGGCUAAUCACGGUAGAGCCAAAAAAUCAGGGACCGAAACCCACAGUUGAUGAGUCUCGUCAGUGCACGAGCUCCCUGUCAGAGGAACCUCAACCUGAUUUCUCAGACUGUAAAGUCAGGCUCAUCAUGGUACAGCCGAUCAAUCCAAGCCCAGACCCCUGAGAUGAUGACGCCCUUUAGUGCUCUUGCUCCCUGUUUCCCCCAAAACACCGCUGCACCCCAUAGGAGUUCCUCAUAACUGCUGUAAUUACGACCUCUGCUGGCUGUGUGAUGGCACCUACACCAGUGGUCCCCAACCACCAGGCCGCGAGCCGGUUCCAUUUAUUACCGGCCUGCACAGAAGGAAUACAUAUUUAGAGAUCGCUACAUCAGCAAUGAAAACACUUUUUUAUGGGUGUUAUUGUUUCUAAUCACCCCUGGGUGGGAGCAACGUCUUGUUGCAGCGAAACAAAGCUCAUUUGUGGGUAGUACAGUUAUUCUAUUUAAAUUCCUCACGCCCCCGCCGGUCCGUGAAAUUAUGUUUUAUAUGAAACCGGUCCGUGGUGCAAAAAAGGUUGGGGAGCACUGACCUACACGAUGAGACGUGGCAUAAUGGAGAGCAGUGCGUGACUCUCCGUAUGCGAUACAGAUCUCCAUAUGAACACGCCUUGUUCAGGUGAAAAGAAGCGGUUGGCUACUGCACACGUGUCAGAGGGGGCGUGUGUUAGUCACGGCUCUCCUCAGUCAGGAGUGGAGGUCUGCAGCAGUACAGGUGGAAAUACAAAUCUGGAUAAAAAUGGGGAAAAUGCAUUAAACAAAAAAAACAUCCAAAUUGGCACAAAGAGGAUAAAAAUACAUAAAGAUGAAGGAGAACUGCAACCAGAGCAGCUCUCAUGAUGCCACGCUAAUAAACAGGAUGAGCUUAAAGACAGGAGCACAAUGGGGCGCAUAGUGGGAAAGGGGGUGGGGGGUCAGUCAAAAAAUGAAGCAGCAGUACAGGUGGAAAUACAAAUCCGGUAAAUAAAAAUGGGGGGAAAAUGUAUUAAAAAACAUCCAAAUUGGCACAAAGAGGAUAGAAAACAUUGAUCUGAUGAUGCUAUGCUAAUAAACAGGAUGAGCCUAAAGACAGGAGCACGAUGGACUGCAUAGUGGGAAAGGGGGUGGGGGGUCAGUCAAAAAAUGAAGCAGCAGUACAGGUGGAAAUACAAAUCCGGUAAAUAAAAAUGGGGGGAAAAUGUAUUAAAAAACAUCCAAAUUGGCACAAAGAGGAUAGAAAACAUUGAUCUGAUGAUGCUAUGCUAAUAAACAGGAUGAGCCUAAAGACAGGAGCACGAUGGACUGCAUAGUGGUGAAGGAUGGGGGGGGGUCAGUUAAAAAAUGAAAGAGCCAGACCAAAGACUGAAAGGAGCCUGAAGAGAGACAAGGAAUCAGGACACAAGUUCUUCUACAUCAGAUCCACUGACACUCAAACAGGGCAAAAUGGCUGAUCAUGAAAGGGUGAAGAAAAAGAAUCAGGGGUUGGAGAGCUGGAUUAGGAAAUGAGAAGCGAGACGGGUAGAAAAUAAGCAGCAGAGACCUGAAAAAAGAACAAAAGAAGAGAAAGAAGAAUCAGAGGAUGACGAGGAGGAGAACAGCAGCUUCAGGAGUGAGAGACCAUGCAGCCUGGUUCAGUUUCAAUCAGGUGAAUUGAGAUCAGCUCUAAAAGGAGGAGAAAAGGCAUCAGACAAGCUCAUGUGCAGUGGACUACAAUCUCCAGCUUCAUCAAGAUCAAUAAACUGAUUAAUUAAAUCCACCGUCUAUUUUUAAAAGCUUUUAACUAAUAAAUGCCUGUCAGAAGAGAA